AUGUACCUAAAGUGCAAAUAAUAAUAAAAUUCUCACACAUCGGUAAAAUAAAAAAAAAUAUAGAGGAAGAACAACUUCUUCUCUUCUUUUUCUAAAGUGUUGUUAAGCUCUUCGUCUCUUCGUCUCUGACCACUUCGCUCCUCGGGCAAUAGGUCUACUUUAUUAAUUGUCUGUGAAUCAUUUCUCGAAUGGGGGACUCAGAAAACGCUAACCAACCUUCAAAGAAGAGAGGUGCCUUGAAGCAGCUGUCCCGUGAGAAUCCAGACGAUGAUGAUGACGACAUUGGUUCAGCUGAACUUGAGAGUGGAACUUUCAAGAAGGCCCCUGAUGAGGUCUUGGCAACUAGAAGAAUUGUCAAAAUCAAGCGCAAAGACCCAUCAUCUGCUGCACCACCAGCAGCCGCAACUUCCAACCCUUUCGCUGGAAUUCAAUUGCUCCCUCCUACCGCUGUGCCUGAGUCUAAAGUGGCUCCAGCUGAAGCCGUAGUUGAGGACAAUCAAAAGGCAGCUGAUACCGAAGACGGUGAUGAAGUUGAUAGUGAGAAGAAGGUUGAUGUCAAAGAUUCUACUGCUGGGGAAGAGCCUGAAAAGACUAAAGACAAGGAUGAUGAAAAUGAGUGUGGAAAGACAUCUGAUGCUGGUGUAGACCAGACCGUCUCGGGUGUUAGCAACGCUGUGGAAGGAACUGAUCAAACUGAGGAUCCUCUUGAGAAGGUGGAAUCAGGAGGUGGUGAUCAGACUGAGAGAAAAGAAAAAGAAGGCGAAGCAAGCGUUGAAGCAGAAUCAGCAGAUAAGAACGGUGAUAAUAAUAAUAAUAAUGGCUCCUUGAGUUCUUUCCAGCAGCAUUCAAGUAGCAAAAACGCCUUCACCGGACUCGCCAGUACACAGUCUUCUGGAUCUUCCUUCUCAUUUGGUGUUGUGUCUCAGGAUGGUUCAACUGGUGGUUCUGGAUCUCUCUUCGGCUUCGGCCUCUCAAACAGCUCCAACAGCAACCCACCUUCUUCCCUUUUCGGUGCAUCUGGAUCUUCCAUUAUCAACAAGAGCGAAGGUACUGGGUUUCCUCCAAAGCAAGAGGUUUCCACAGAAACAGGAGAAGAGAACGAGAAAGUCGCCUUCUCAGCCGACUCGAUUAUGUUUGAAUAUCUUGACGGAGGGUGGAGAGAGCGCGGCAAAGGAGAAGUCAAGGUGAACGUUUCAAGCAAUGGCGGUAAAGCAAGGCUGGUCAUGAGAACUAAAGGAAACUACAGGUUGAUCUUAAACGCGAGUCUUUACCCGGAGAUGAAACUUGCAAGCAUGGACAAGAAAGGAAUCACAUUCGCCUGUGUGAAUAGUGAAGGCAGAGAAGGUCUCUCUACGUUUGCACUCAAGUUCAAAGAUCCGACAAUCGUUGAGGAGUUUCGUGUAGCUGUUGACAAACAUAAAGACAGUAAGCCGGUAGAAACGGUUCCUCUACUGAAGACACCUGAGAACUCUCCAACAGCUACAGAUGCUGCCUGAAGAGAAAGGUAAAAGAAAAACAUUAAGAAACACUUCCUCUUUGCCUUUUGUGUCUUUACUUUCAAGUAGUUGAAUUUUGAGGCAGAGAAAACUAGAGAUUUGAAGAAGUUUGUUGUUGUUGUUUUCAUUUUCAAGAGUUGUUGAGACUUUCUGGUUGGCAUAAGACUUAAAACCUCUUUAUAUGAACCAUUUGUUUCAUAUAUAUAUAUAUAUAUAUCUGCUUCCGGUUUCACAA